CACUAUCAUCUCGGCCCAUGACUAAGCUGCUCCAUCUCCACUUCGAAGUUCGAGUAGUGAAAGCCAAUCCAAUUCCCACAAUUCCUCCAAGAGUGCACACUCCACUCGAAGGACUCAGGAGGGAUGAGGGCACUGCAAAGUAGUCUGUCAUCCCCUUUACAUUUACAGCGUGGCCACUUCUUCCACCCCAAGGCCCUCUCUCUGAAACCCCAGAUUCCUGUUCUUCUUCCACCAACCCAAUACCCGCUUCUCCAAAACUCGAUUCCUUCUCGAGUUUCUUGCAAACCCACUUCCUCCUUUUCGUUUGGGUCUCUGAUAAAAGCAUCCAUGGCUUCUUCUGCAACACCAGACACAGACGCAGAGGCAGGGACCAAACCCUUCUCUGUGCUCUUUGUUUGCUUGGGCAACAUUUGUAGAAGCCCAGCUGCUGAAGGAGUCUUCACAGACUUGGUCAAGAAAAGGGGUUUGGAUUCCAAGUUUAACAUUGAUUCUGCUGGCACCAUUGGCUACCAUGAGGGAAAUCAAGCUGACCCAAGAAUGAGGACGGCCUCCAAAAGGCGUGGGGUCGAGAUAACUUCUAUAUCGAGACCCAUCCGGCCGUCUGAUUUUAGAGAUUUCGAUCUGAUUCUUGCAAUGGACAAGCAAAACAGAGAGGAUAUAUUGGGGUCCUUUAAUAAGUGGAAAUUUAGAGAAACCCUGCCUGAUGAUGCACACAAAAAGGUGAAGUUGAUGUGCUCCUAUUGUAAGGAACAUGAUGAAACUGAAGUCCCAGAUCCUUACUAUGGUGGACCACAAGGUUUUGAGAAGGUUUUGGAUUUACUUGAAGAUGCUUGUGGAUCAUUGCUGGAUAGCAUCUUGGCAGAAAACAAACAGAUUCAGGAUUCUUAGCACCUGGUAGAAAAGCAAGUUUAUAAUCUCCUGCAUAAGAUUGAUGAGAAAACUGUGUUCUUCAUUAGUGAUCUGAAGUAUUUAUCUCUCAAGAACAGCAUUCAUGUAAAGUCCACCGUAGCUGCUGAGGCCUUUUUUUUCCCACCCAUCUAUUGCCAUAUGAUACUUCCAACUAUUUUUUGUUGAAUUCGUGGUAUCACUUUGUUAAGCUGAA